CGUACAAGGAAGUCAACCGGAGCGCGUCGCAUGGUUUAAUAAGCAAAUAUCAAACGUGUCACGUUUUAUUUGAACUCGUUAGCGCCACAACCUGCACGAGGAGAAGGGAGGCGUGCGUUUAAUUUGCCAUGCCGGCCAACUACCCCACGCCGGAGCUCUGUACGAUCACGCCGCGCGGGGAGACUUCAGCGAAGUUUACGAGCCGUCGGAGGAUUCCUUCCUGCUCAUUGACGCUCUAGAAAAGGAUGCUGGCGAACUUGAGCGCAUGACUGGGCCGGCCCGGCCGCGCGUGUGCGUGGGGGUGGGCAGCGGCUCCGGAGUGGUUCUGCAUUCCUCGCGUCCCAGCUUGACCGUUUGACAAAAGACACAGUGGAGAAAAGAAACCCAUGGAACUGCGUUUUGUGGAGAGAAAUCAGCUCCAUGCACGAGUAGGAGGCUGGAAAUGAUGGCGGCCAUAAAUGUCCAUAUGUGAAGAAAUGUGAGGCUUUUUAUUUGGUUUGGAUCGAGGUCAAAAAUCUUCCAAGUAUCCUCUAGAGAAGCCAAGGGGCAUGAAAAAAUACUUUUCAGUAGUUGAUGGCGUCCACUAUUUUUCAACGAGUCCUCAUAAAACAAGUGUUGUGGGAUGUUCCUUGUACACGAGGGCCCUCCUCUGAUGGCAGCCAUCAGGAAGAAGCUGGUGAUCGUGGGAGACGGCGCCUGCGGCAAGACCUGUCUGCUCAUCGUCUUCAGUAAGGACCAGUUCCCGGAGGUCUACGUCCCCACAGUCUUUGAGAACUACAUUGCUGACAUUGAAGUGGAUGGCAAACAGGUGGAACUGGCGCUGUGGGACACGGCGGGCCAGGAGGACUACGACCGAUUGAGGCCUCUCUCCUACCCCGACACGGACGUCAUCCUCAUGUGCUUCUCCAUCGACAGCCCCGACAGUCUCGAGAACAUUCCGGAGAAAUGGACACCCGAAGUGAAACACUUUUGUCCCAACGUCCCCAUCAUCCUGGUGGGCAACAAGAAGGACCUCAGGAACGACGAGAGCACGCGCCGAGAGCUGGCCAAGAUGAAACAGGAGCCGGUCAAGUCGGACGAAGGCAGAGACAUGGCCAACCGCAUCGGCGCCUUCGGCUACCUGGAGUGCUCGGCCAAGACCAAGGACGGCGUGCGGGAGGUGUUUGAGAUGGCCACCCGGGCCGCCCUGCAGGUGCGCAAGCGCAAGAAGAGGAACGGCUGCCAGCUCCUGUAAGGGGGACGCGUGAAAGACCGACGACACCACACGCCUGUACGAGCAAGACACGCGGGGGGGCCCUUUGCGCGGCUUCUCACACCUUUGGUUGUGGCCAAGGACUUGCCACUGCCUCCCUCCCUCUCUCUCUCUCCCUCCCUAUCCAAAAUGUCUUUGUAGUCAUGUGCAUUGACUUGACAAAUACAUCACAUCUUCGUCUGCACCA